GGGGGAGCAGGGCUUUCCGGGCCGCGGCGCCGGGAGCGGGCGAACUGGCAGUCUUGGGGCCGCUGGGCCGCGGGGCCGGGACGGGCGUGCGCGGCCGCCAUGGUGCUGUGCCCGGUGAUCGGGAAGCUGCUGCGCAAGCGCGUGGUGCUGGCCAGCGCCUCCCCGCGCCGCCGGGAGAUCCUCAACCAGGCGGGUCUCAGAUUCGAGGUGGUUCCUUCCAGGUUUAAAGAGAAGCUUCAUAAAGCCUCGUUCCCCACCCCUUAUGCCUACGCCAUCGAGACAGCCAAGCAGAAGGCCCUGGAGGUCGCCAGAAGGAUGCACGAGAAAGACCUCCGGACCCCUGAUAUUGUCAUAGGGGCAGACACGAUCGUGACGGUCGGGGGGCUGAUCCUGGAGAAGCCGGUGGACAAGCAGGACGCCUACAGCAUGCUGUCCAGGUUGAAUGGGAAGGAGCAUAGCGUGUUCACGGGUGUGGCCAUCGUGCACUGCUCCAGCAGAGACGGCCAGCUCGAAACGAGCAUCUUGGAAUUCCACGAGGAGACGAUGGUGAAGUUCUCGGAGCUGUCCGAGGAGCUCCUGUGGGAAUACAUCGACAGCGGGGAGCCCAUGGACAAAGCUGGCGGCUAUGGGAUCCAGGCCCUGGGCGGCAUGCUGGUGGAGUGCGUCCGUGGAGACUUCCUGAACGUCGUUGGCUUCCCCCUGAACCACUUCUGCAAGAAGCUGGUAGAGCUGUACUACCCACCCCGCCACGAGGACGUCCAGCGGACCAAGCACGACUCCAUCCCGGCUGUGGACAGCUUCGAGAACCUGAGUGACACGGAAGGUGGCGGCUCGGAUGAGGGUGGUGGCGAUGCAGCCCACGCUCGGGGCAGACAGGAGGCGAAUCAUGACAGGACGGCCGAGAGCCCGCCACCCUUCCCGACCGAGCUUCUAGAACUGAUAGACGGCUUCAAAGCUUCAAAGGCCCUGUUCACGGCUUGCAAGUUGAAGGUGUUUGAUUUGUUGAAAGAUGAAGCCCCCCUGGGGGCCCUGGAUGUUGCACUCAAAACCAACACGUCUGUGUGUGGAAUCGGGCGGCUGCUGGAUGUCUGUGUGGCCCUGGGGCUACUGCAGAAGACGGAGAGAGGGUACAGUAACACAGAGGUGGCAGACCUCCACCUGGUGUCACACGGUGAAUAUUCUCUGCACGGCUUCGUCAUGCGCAAUGACAGCCACGCCUGGAAUCUCUUCACACACCUGGAGUUCGCCGUCCGGGAGGGAGCCGCCCAGAACCACAGGGCUUCUGGGGAGAAGGCGGGAGACCCGUGUCAGGACCUCCGCUGCCAGGCCAAGGAUAUGCAGCUGCAGUUCAUGCAGGCCAUGCAUGGCCUCGCCAAGCUGACCGCACGCCAGGUGGCCACAGCUUUGGACCUGUCUGCCUUCACCUCCGCCUGCGACCUGGGAGGCUGCACAGGCGCCCUCGCCCACGAGCUCACCCAGGAGUACCCACGUCUGACGGUGACCGUGUUCGACCUCCCGGAGGUCAUCGAGCAUGUGGCAUGUUUUCAACCCGACGGCCAACAGGCAGAACGGGUCAGCUUUGUGAAAGGUGACUUCUUCAAAGACAGCCUUCCGGCAGCAGAUCUCUACAUUCUGUCCAGAAUCCUGCACGCCUGGCCCGACGACCGAGUCCAUCAGUUGCUGAGCCAUAUCUCCAGCCGCUGCAAGCCAGGCGGUGGCCUCCUGGUGGCUGACGUGGUGCUGGACGAUUCGGUCCCAGGGGCGGCACGGGGCGCCCGGCGGGGCCCACUGCAGGCCCUGAGCAUGCUGGCGCAGGGCGAGGGCGGACCGCGGAGCCUGGUCCAGUACCGAGGCCUGCUGGAGCAGCACGGCUUCAGGGACGUGCGGGCCGCGCAGGCAGGGGACACGCUGCUCGUGGUCCUGGGCACACGAGCGGUGUCGAGAGGCCCCCAGGAGGCCACCGGGCCACCUGCUCCCACACGGUGACCACCGGGGAAGGCAUUCCCAGGAGAGCUGCAGCCAGUGUGUGGUGUCCGCGAACAGAUUAAAGAAGGCGUGAGCCA